AUGACACCUCAUUGGGUGUCACGAGGUCACUCCAACCUCACCGAGGACAACGGGGAGACCCAAACCCUGAAGGAAGGCUUGGAAGGGCAUAAGCUGGACACAGAGACCUUGGUGAAUGUCCUCUUUGCUGAGCUGAAGGCCUACAAGACUGUCCAAGGUGACACGGGGCAGGAACGCUACAACGUCCUCUGCGACCUGCUGGAGCUGUGCCCAGAGGAGAGUGGUCGCCUGCAUGAGAGAGCCAUUGGCUUGAUGGAGCUGGCCCAGGUCUUGUGCUACCACAGCUACUCCCAGCAGACAGACUGCUCCUCCCUGGACUCAAUCCAUGAAGCCUUGAGGCUGCUGGAGCUGGUGCCCAGGAGUGCCCAGAACCAGGACCAGCUCCUUGAUGACCAGGCACAGGCUCUGCUCUGGCUCUACAUCUGCACCCUGGAGUCCAAGCUGGAGAAGAGCAUAGAGAGAGACCAGAGAGCCAAAGCUCAGGGGCUGAAGAAACUGGAAGAGUUUGAGCCCAAUGACCUCAACCACGAGGACAGGCUGCUGGAGGACCCGUUCCUGUACGAUGGAGUCCACUUCAGCCUGGCAGCAGAGAGUGGUGAGGAUGCUGGCGGGGUGUCUCAGACCCACGCUGUGCUCUCAGCUCUGCACCAAAGCCUGGAUGAUGCCUUCACCUUGUGGAAGCAGCUCCUGGGGACGCGGCGUGUCCCGGCCGUGCGCAGCCCUGAGCAGACCGCGGCCUCCCUGCGCCUCCUGGCAGCUCUCUACAAGCUGAUGGCCAAGCCCUUGCAAGCCAUGGAGACCUACCUCCUGGUCAGAGACCUGUGCCGUGCGCUCGGGGACAGCCUGGGCAUGGCCAGUGCCCUGGGCCAGGUCACCAGGCUGCUCUUCCAGCUGGAGUGUCCCAACUAUGCCCAGCUCUUCCUGGAGGAGAUGGAGUCCUGUCUGCAGAAGGCUGAUGGCAGUGACAGCUCCUACCUGCUGCAGCAGCAAACCUGCCUCCUGCUCCGCAGCCAGCUCUGCUGCACCAACCACCAGCUUGAAGAGGGGCUCACCCUGUUGCUGCAAGUGCUCCAGAACCUUCCUCAUCAAAAAACCACAAAGGUCUGGUACCUGCUGCGAGCCCAUGUCCUUCAGCUGGUGACUGUCUACCUGAGCCUCCCCCCUGCCUGCCUCUCCCUGGAGCUUCGGCAGCAGCUCUUUGCCCAAGGGUGGCAGAUGCCUGAGAUGGCUCUCAGUGAAGCCCAGAAGCUUUUCCGCAGCAUCAUCCUCCUGCUGAUGGGCAGUGACGUGCUGGGCUGCCGGGCAGGGGUGUCUGAUGUCCAGUUUGUGGAUUGUGGGGACAACCUGCUGCUGAAGUGGCAAGUGCUGGCAGACAUGCUGGGCUGCUUGGAGCACCUGGUGGCUCUCCUCAGCAGGUUGGAGAUGGUGUCUAAGGCUAAAGCCUUCUGCUUGGAGGCCAUCAGGCUGGCCCAGAAACUGCAAAGCACCCGUUGGUUGGCUUCCUUCCUGGUGCUGAAGGCCCAGCUAGAGCUGCAGCAGAGUGAGCUGGAGCUGAGUAACUUCAGCCUGGAGCAUGUUCUCUUUCUCCUGGAGUCCAGCACUGAGCUUAAAGACAGCAAGAAGCAGAAGGACCAGACGAAGAUCCUGCCCAGGAAGGGCAAACUCGAGGGCAAGAAGCCACGGACCCCCAUCUCUGAGCCCCCUGGGGAAGAGGAGUGUUUCCUGAAGGGCCCGGUGCUGGAGCUGGUGGCCCCGGUGAGCAGGCUGGAGAAGGCAGACGCGCUCACCGCCUCGCCGGAGCUGAAGCCCAAGAGGAGGAAGAGGCUGGCCUUCCUCACCCACCCAGCCUCCUGCCCCUGCUGCCUCUGCUCCGACCUGGCCCUCUCUGCUCUCUGCCUGCGCUGGCUCCUCUGCUGUGCCCAGGCUGAGCUGGCCGUGGGCAGCGUGGCCGGGGGGCUGGCUCUGCUGCGGGCGCUGCGGCCGCGCUGCGCUGCCCUGACCGCCCGCUCUGCCGCCGCGCUGCGGGACGGGCUGGGGGGCAGCCUGCAGCCCCCUGCCCUGCAGCCCCCUGCCCUGCAGCCCCCUGCCCUGGAGAUGCUGGACGAGCUGGUGGCCUCUGCCUACGCUGCGUUGGCCGUUCAGAGCCUGGCUAGUCCCCAGCUGGCGGAGGAGCUGCAGGAGGACCUGGAGAUGGGGUUGACCUUCCUGGCGUCCUGCAGACCCCACCUGCCCAGCUGGGGGGUCUCCAGGGCCAGCCUGCUGCUUGCCAAAGCCACGGCUGCCAUUUACCACGUGGCCUCCAAGCACGGCAGCUCUGUGGAUGGUGUCUUUGCUGCUUCUUGGACCUGGCAGCUGUCCACGCUGGCUUCAGCAGAGCCUGAGGAGGUGGCUGUGCCCCAGACCCUCACGACUGGCAAAGCUCGACCCCAAAGGCGCAAGAACACCCCGGCGAUGGCCCCUGCUGGGCCCAAGCCCAGAGUGAAGAGGAACCAGAGAGCGAAGCCUGUGGCUGUGCCAAGCAGUGAUGAUGUCUUUGCUGUGGGUGGCUCAGACAGCGAGGUGCCCCCCAUCGUCAUCCGCCCAGUGACAGUGCCCUGCACCCCUCGCCAGAAAGCCCAUCCUGCCCAGCCACGUGCAGCUGCUGCUGCCAGGACUCCCUUCACCAUCUUCAAUGAAUCCUCCCCACCAGCUGGCAGGGCCCGGCUCCCACGGGCACCCAAAGUCUUGGGGAGGGUCAAGUCCCGCCUGCAGGUGACCUUCAGUGAUGACAGUGACCUGGAGGAUCUCAAAGCAGGGCUGACCCCCAGAGCUACCCGCAAGAAAUCCUGUGCCCAGAAAGUUCUGCCCCCCAAAUCCUCCGGGUUGAGGGGGCAGGGCAGCAGUGCCCACCCCCGCAGAGUCCCCCGAGCUGGGGCUGCAGGGGAGAGAAGGGAGCGAGCGACCCGCAGGGCGGUCGGCCGGAGAGAGGAGGAGGAGCGGGAGCUUCUGAGGGCUGUGGAGGAAGAGCAUGAGACGAGCUGCAAGGUCUUGUGGGCCUCCAAGGAAGAGGAGGGGGCUCCAGGCAGGAGACACCUGCCUUGGCACAGGCAGGAGGGCAUGGACGGGGAGCAGGAGGUCCUGAGGCAAGAAGCCAGUGAGGACAUCAUGGCAGCACAGUGGCUGGGCAGGGGGCACCCCCUGCACCCCGAGGGGACCGUCUCCUCAGCCCUGCCCAAGGCUGGUGAUGUCUCCUCACUGGACACAGUCCUUGAGCUUCUGAAAGAUGCUUUCAACUGCAUCAGCUACUGCCCUCCCAGUGUGCUCUACAGCCAGCUCUGCCAGCUCCUGGCUCUAGCCACAGGGAACCAGGACCCCCUUUCCACUGCCUACCUGCUCUCUGAGUCAGUCUCCAUCACCACUCGCCAUCAGCUGCUCAGCAUCCUCCACAGGAAGAUUCACAAAGAGAAGAAGUCAGCAGGGGAUGUGGCCGAGCAGCUCCAGGGGCUGUCCCUGCAGGAGGGGUGUCUGGAAAAACGCUGCCACCACCUCAGGGAGCUCCAGAAACUCUUCACCUUCAGCCCCACAGCACUGGGCUCCGGGGAGCGGGACGGGUUCCAGGCACAGCUGGAGCAGAUCCCCAGCGGGGUGGCUGUGUGUGUGUUGACCCUCUGCAGCAUGCAGCCUGGCUGCGUGGGGGACACUCUGCUGCUGACACGGCUGGAGAAGGGCGCUGCUCCCCUCACCCUCCGCAUCCCCACUGCUCCCAACACGACCCCCCUGCACUUGCUGCUGAGGGACUUUGACACCAUCCAGAAGGAGCAGAAGGAAGCCAACAGCUGCACGGAGAAGGAGAGCUGGUGGCUGCGCCGCUUCGAGCUGGAUGGCAAGAUGAAGAGCCUCAUCGAGACCCUGGAGAUGCAGGUGCUGGGCUGCUGGAGGGGUGCCCUGAUCCCCACCAGCCCCGACCCUGCUCUGGCCGAGGAAGCCGCCCGCCUGCACGCCCAGCUCCGCUGCUGCGGCUGGAGGGACGCAGACCCCAGCCUGCUCAAGGUGGUGCUGAACGCUGCUGCCCUCCUCACCCCCCAUGAUGUCCAAGCCUUGGCCUUCGGUCUCUGCCCCGCGCGGCCCCGCCAGGCCCAGCUCCUCUUGCAGGAGCUGCUGGAGAAGCACAGACCCUGCACCAAGCAGCCCCCUGGCUCUCUUGUCCUGGUGCUGGAUAAGCACCUGCAGAAGCUGCCCUGGGAGAGCAUGACCUGCCUGAAGGCUGUGCCUGUGACCAGGCUCCCUUCCCUGCGCUUCCUGCUCAGCUACUCCCUGGCACAGAAGCAGCCCCGGUCUGUGCUGAGCCGUGGUGUGGACCCCAGCAGCAUCUUCUAUGUCCUCAACCCACACAGCAACCUCCUGGGCACAGAGAAGCGGUUUCGGGAAUGGUUUGAGAGGGAGCCUGGCUGGAAAGGGGUGACAGGAGCCGUCCCCAGCCCCCUGCAGAUUCAGGCAGCCCUCCAGGAGCAUGAUCUCUACAUCUACAUGGGCCACGGUGCUGGUGCCCGGUUCCUGGACGGCCAGACCCUGUCCCGCCUGGACUGCCGCGCGGUCGCCCUGCUCUUCGGCUGCAGCAGCGCGGCCCUGGCCCUGCGGGGCGGCCUGGAGGGCUCCGGCAUCAUCCUCAGCUACAUCCUGGCCGGCUGCCCCUUGGUGCUGGGGAACCUGUGGGACGUGACGGACCGCGACAUCGACCGCUACGCGCAGGCGCUGCUGGAGGGCUGGCUGCAGGGGGGCUCGGCUGCCCCCCUCCUCUCCUCUGUCGCCCAGGCCCGCCAAGCCCCCAGACUCAAAUAUCUCAUCGGGGCAGCCCCCGUGGCCUACGGGCUGCCUGUCUGUCUGCAGUGAGGUUUGGGGGGCCUGGAGGGUCCCUGACCCCCCCGCAGAGCAGCA